CUGGUGAAACGGCUGACCACCGAUUGGCGAGAAGUGGAGACUUUGAUCCAUACAGACAAACGACAUCUAAUCGAUGUCUUACAGCAAAACGAAACCUUUCCAUCAGCUGAAGACUUAUCAGGCGCCGCCGAAGCAUUGCUUCGUCUUCAGGACACCUAUAAGUUGGACACAACAUCGUUGGCCAACGGAUUCAUUCCGGUUAGGGAUGCGAAUGGGGUUAAGAAGGGCGAGGAGGGCGUCCAACCGCCUGAGACACGGAUGGUGUUGAGGGCCAACGACUGCUUCGAGUUGGGACGACAGGCGUACGUCAAUCAAGACUAUUACCACACCGUCCUCUGGAUGCAGGAGUCGUGGGACCGCUUGGAGAAGGAGGAGUCGGUCACAGACUCGGCUAAAGUGACAAUUUUGGAGUACUUGGCGUUCGCCACAUACAAGAGGGGGAACGUUAGGCAAGCACUCAAACUGACCCAUCAGUUGCUNGAUGCGAAUGGGGUUAAGAAGGGCGAGGAGGGCGUCCAACCGCCUGAGACACGGAUGGUGUUGAGGGCCAACGACUGCUUCGAGUUGGGACGACAGGCGUACGUCAAUCAAGACUAUUACCACACCGUCCUCUGGAUGCAGGAGUCGUGGGACCGCUUGGAGAAGGAGGAGUCGGUCACAGACUCGGCUAAAGUGACAAUUUUGGAGUACUUGGCGUUCGCCACAUACAAGAGGGGGAACGUUAGGCAAGCACUCAAACUGACCCAUCAGUUGCUGGAGUUGUCUCCCGAACAUCCCCGAGCUUUCGGUAACAUUGAGUACUACCAGAAAGAGUUGACUCAAUUCAAGGCCAGUAAGAAGAGGGGAGACGACGGAGAGGUGCCUUUGGAUGAAGCGAUUGUCGAGUCAAAGAACUCGUGGUCUGUGGAGGAGACGGAAAGGGAGGCAUACGAGGCCUUAUGUCGCGGAGAGAAGCGAUUGAGUCCACGAAUUGAGUCACAAUUAGUUUGCUUUCAUUUGAACACAACUGGAAUUCCGUUCCUAAGGUUAACGCACAUCAAAGUGGAGGAGAGCUUUAAAAAGCCACAAAUUGUUGUUUUCCACGACUUUUUGUCCGAUUCGGAGAUAGAGGUCGUGAAGACGUUAUCAGAACCCAAACUAAAACGAGCGACGGUUCAAAACUCUAUGACUGGAAAUCUGGAAACCGCUAAAUACAGGAUCUCGAAGAGCGCGUGGCUUACGAAUAGAGAGCACGAAGUCGUCAAAAGAAUCUCUCAGCGCAUCAGUCAUGUGACGGGUCUGGAGCUGUCGACCGCCGAGGAGUUACAGGUCGUUAACUAUGGUAUUGGCGGUCAUUAUGAACCCCACUAUGACUUUGCCAGACGUGAGGAGAAAGAUGCCUUCAAGUCAUUAGGAACAGGCAAUAGGAUCGCCACUUGGCUGAACUACAUGAGCGAUGUGGAGGCGGGUGGGGCCACAGUAUUCCCUCUGUUGGGAGUGUCUGUGUGGCCCGCGAAGUCAACGUCCGCUUUCUGGUAUAAUCUCUACAAGUCAGGUGACGGCGACCUCUUGACCCGACACGCGGCCUGUCCGGUGCUCGUCGGCUCCAAAUGGGUGUCAAACAAAUGGAUCCACGAAAGGGGUCAAGAAUUUCGAAAGCCUUGCGCUCUUAGGGUUAAUGAGUAUAAUUUGAUUGAAGAGGUUUAG